GAAAUUUCUCCACCUCCCCAUCUCUCCGCCCUCGUCGCUGCUCUCCUCUCGACCCUCCCUUGCGUAUCCGAAACCCUAAUAGGGUUUUUGCGAAGAAACCCUCCUUUGAUCCGCUCUGAACCCUCGAUAUCGUUGUUCGGAGGCGGAUCAGAUGGCAGAGGAUGCAGUGGCGGCGGCAGCCCCAUCGCCGGCGGCGGCAGCAGCGGCGGCAGCAGCGGGGGCGAUCGGGAGCUCGGUGAUCCCGAUCGUGAACAAGCUCCAGGAUAUCUUCGCCCAGCUUGGGAGCUCCUCCACCAUCGAUUUGCCGCAGGUGGCGGUGGUCGGAAGCCAGAGCAGCGGCAAGUCGAGCGUGCUGGAGGCGCUCGUCGGCCGGGAUUUUCUUCCCCGGGGCUCCGAUAUUUGUACCAGGAGACCGCUCGUUCUCCAGCUGGUGCACUUCCCACGGCGGCAGGAUGCGGGGGAGGGAAUGGACGAGUGGGGGGAGUUCCUCCACUUGCCUGGGAAGAGGUUCUACGACUUCUCCGAAAUCCGGCGCGAGGUUCAGGCUGAAACAGACAGGGAGGCAGGAGGGAACAAGGGAGUUUCUGACAAACAAAUUCGUUUGAAAAUUUUUUCUCCCAAUGUACUAAAUAUUACUUUGGUGGAUUUACCUGGAAUAACUAAAGUACCAGUUGGCGAUCAACCCAGUGACAUUGAGGCAAGAAUUAGAACAAUGAUCUUAUCAUAUAUCAAACAUAAGACUUGCAUAAUAUUAGCAGUUUCACCAGCAAAUGCAGACUUAGCAAAUUCUGAUGCACUUCAGAUGUCUAGAAUUGCUGAUCCAGAUGGUUCUCGGACUAUUGGUGUCAUCACAAAGUUGGAUAUAAUGGAUAGAGGUACUGAUGCCCGUAACUUUUUACUGGGAAAUGUGAUCCCACUCAGACUUGGUUAUGUGGGAGUGGUGAACCGUAGUCAACAGGACAUUAACGUCAACCGCAGUAUCAAAGAUGCAUUGGCCUUUGAAGAGAACUUCUUCCGCAAUCAACCUGUAUAUCAUGGUCUCUCUCAUUGCUGCGGGAUUCCUCAGUUAGCCAAGAAACUGAAUCAGAUUUUAGUACAACAUAUCAAGGUUGUCCUUCCAGCAUUGAAAUCUCGCAUAAAUACUCAAUUGGUGGCUGUAGCAAAGGAGCAUGCUGCUUACGGUGAUGUUGCAGAAUCAAAGGCUGGUCAGGGAGUCAAACUCUUGAACAUUCUUACAAAAUAUUGUGAAGCUUUUUCGUCAAUGUUGGAAGGGAAAAAUGAGGAAUUAUCUACAGCUGAACUUUCUGGUGGAGCACGAAUACACUAUAUUUUCCAGUCCAUCUUUGUGAAGAGUUUGGAGGAAGUUGAUCCUUGUGAAGACAUAACAGAUGAAGACAUCCGCAUGGCUAUUCAAAAUGCAACUGGUCCUAAAAGUGCUUUGUUUGUACCAGAGGUGCCAUUUGAGGUUCUUGUACGAAGGCAAAUAGGUCGUUUGUUAGAUCCAAGCCUUCAAUGUGCAAAAUUUAUUUAUGAUGAAUUGAUUAAGAUGAGUCAUCAUUGCUUAGCUAGCGAGCUUCAGCGGUUUCCUGUCCUUCGAAAGUGCAUGGAUGAGGUAAUUGGGAAUUUCUUACGAGAGGGCCUUCAGCCUGCAGAGACAAUGAUAACCCACAUUAUUGAGAUGGAGAUGGAUUAUAUAAACACUUCACAUCCAAAUUUUAUUGGUGGCAGUAAGGCUGUAGAGAUUGCGCAGCAGCAAGUUAAAUCUUCUAGGUUAUCAGCAUCAAUGCCCAGAUCUAAGGAUGGAAUAGAUUCUAACAAGCCGCAAGCAUCUGAAAAGAGUCUCAAAUCUCGAGCUAUCCUUGCCAGAUCCGGUGCAAAUGGAGUUGUUUCUGAUCCCCUUCAGGUAGUUCGACCUUCUAUGGAUUCUGAAAAGCCAGGUUCAUCUGGAGGUACAACUGGAUCAAUCUGGGGCAUCUCAUCAAUUUUUGGCUCUAGCGAGGAUCGUGCCCCUGCAACAGAGAGUUCAUUGAACAAGUCUUACAAUACACCUUCUCACUCCACUGAACAUUCCCUCUCAAUGAUCCAGUUAAGGGAGCCACCAAUCAUCCUAAAGCCCUCAGAAAAUCAGACGGAGCAGGAGGCUUUGGAGAUAGCAAUCACAAAACUGUUAUUGAAGUCGUAUUAUGAUAUUGUCAGAAAAAAUAUUGAGGACUCUGUACCAAAGGCAAUUAUGCACUUCCUGGUUAAUCAUAUGAAGCGAGAGCUGCAUAAUGUUUUUAUUAGGAAACUUUACAGGGAAAACCUCUUUGAAGACAUGUUAAGAGAACCUGAUGACAUAACUGCUAAAAGGAAACGGAUCCGGGAGACACUCAGAGUUUUGCAACAAGCUUACAGGACAUUGGAUGAGAUACCACUUGAAGCUGAAACUGUCGAGAAGGGUUAUACUCUGGACGCUGAUGGAACUGGUCUGCCAAAGUUUCAUGGGCUUCCUUCAUCGUUCUAUACUACUAAUGAUUAUAGCACAUCAUAUGCUGCUUCUCCCAAGAAUCCCAGAUCCAGGAAGUCAGCUCAUUCGGGAGAACAAUCAUCACCCUGGUAUUCAAAUGCUGAUGCCAAUGGAUUGGGUUCCUAUCCAACAAUCGAUGCAUGAGUGGUUGGGUCUAUUGAUAUUAGAAACUGAAGCUUAGUAGUGCACAAAUGCUGAUGCCAAUGGAUUGGGUUCCUAUCCAACAAUCGAUGCAUGAGUGGUUGGGUCUAUUGAUAUUAGAAACUGAAGCUUAGUAGUGCAUUAAAACAUGCACUAAGUUGGUUUUCUCCCACAAGAUAAUAUCUGAAGUUUUAUUCUUUAGUGCCAGCUCGAUUCCAGUGAGAGCAUUGCACAUUAGAUAUUUGCUUCAUGUAUAGUAAACAUGCUCCAUUUAUUUUCAUCAACAUAUUUGUUAUAAAGUUCACCCAUGAGAAAUAACAUGGCUGCUUCCUUUUGACUUGAGAAGAGUCUUUGUUGCUGAUUUGCUACUGAUAGCUGUCAGACUCCAUGUACGCAGCGGUCUAAAGUUUUUAUAACACAACCUUAUUGAUGCUGUUUAUGCCAAUGUCA